AUGAGUUUGUUUGGUGGCCGAGGCCCAGCGUUCCACAUUGAACUUGAAAGCAUACCGCCGGUCUACCACAAGCAGCCAGUGCACCAUGCCACAACCCCAGGAUACACCGAGACGGACCCGGACGAAUUGAGGAAACUGUGCGGUCCCAGUACGAGUGGUUUUCAGACUCCAAAGACGGAGCCAACGACUCCAAGCGCUCUGGAGAAUAGUAGACCCUCGAGUCCACAGCAGAAUGAAACGACUGCAGCUGCAGAUGGGGUGCAAGCUGUGGGUUUGAUGCCUAGUGUGAACAGUCCUUCGAUAAACCGCUGGCGACUUCUCGCAGCUUGCAUGCUCAUCUUCACCAACGGGGUCAGCGAUGCUGCACCCGGAGCCUUAAUCCCCUAUAUGGAGAAGCACUACAGCAUCGGCUACGCAGUUGUGUCUCUUAUUUUCCUGGCGAACGCAGUUGGCUUCGUCACGGCAGCCUUCAUCUCGCAGGCAAUUUACUCCAGGAUCGGGAGGGCGCGGACGCUGUUUAUUGGGGUGCUGCUGCUUGCCGUCGCCUUCUUGACUAUCUCUUGUGCUCCGCCUUGGGGCGUGGUCGUGGCUAGCUACUUCUUGAUAGGUGCGGGUAUGGCGUUUGUAAGAAUCCCUAUCCGGUUGGAGGAGGUGGGGGAUAUGGUGGAAUGGUUCAAGAAGCUAAUCUCCGGCGGUGGCCGGCGGGCUUGA